CCGAUGUUGUUAUAUCCUACUGCUGAGGCAGUGCUACUGAAAGCGCAAUCUUUUGCGAGCACUGAUCCCCCUCUUUGUGGGCGAGGGUGUCAUCAGGCUUUAGAGGAGGAGGGGCUUUGUGUGACAAGACCUCCUCAAGCGUGUGUGUUCUGGACUCAAAACUUUCGUGGCCAAGGUAACACACUGCUCUAUUCCGUGGUGAGAGGAUCAAAGUUCCUAUUUCAGCUGUAAGGACUCGAGCAUGUUUUAGCCAUCGACAGGAGAAAAGGACGAAAUUAUUGCGUUCAUGAGCACGGAGAUCGGAUAUCACACUUUUUAUCACGCAUUUAGAAAACUCCCUUAGCCGUGUCCAGGAUGGCUCCAGUUAACCGAGAGAGCAGGAUGGAUGUUUUUCCCUGUGCGCCUCGGGCAGACAUGUGAAUUUUGAAGCGCUACCUCGAUGCGAAUUUUUACGCACCAUCGAAAAACAGGGACUCGAAGCACGGAAGAAGUGUGUCGCGUCCAGGAAGGCGCAGUCAUGAUGCAGCAUCCUCUGGAGCUCGGGGCUCACUAUUACCCUGCCGAGGCGCAGCAGGACCACAGGUCUCACCGGUACAGAAGCUUCAUGAUCGAGGAGAUCCUCACCGAGCAUCCGGACCACAAGGCCUCUCCUCCUGCCGGAGAUUUACUCAAAUUCGGAGUACACGCUCUUUUGUCGGCACGGCCGUACCCAAAUCACUUAGCCGCCUGCUGUUUGUUUCACUCCUCAGUGCUGAAGGCAGAGCAGAGCGGCCUGCUGAAGUUCCCCGUGUCCCCGCUGUCGUGUUCUCUUGGGCCGCCGCUCGGCUCUGCGCUGCUCCCCGGACCUCCGGGGCUCGGAGUGGGCUCGGCCUCGCACCACCUCCCGCUCGACCUGCACCUCCGCGGGAAACUCGAACCUGGAGCCGAGGCGCUCAGCAAGACCAAGAAAGGCAGAAGGAGCAGAACCGUGUUCACCGAGCUCCAGCUCAUGGGUCUGGAGAAGAGAUUCGAGAAACAGAAAUACCUCUCGACCCCGGACAGAAUAGACCUGGCUGAGUCUUUAGGCCUCAGUCAGCUGCAGGUCAAAACGUGGUAUCAAAACAGAAGAAUGAAAUGGAAAAAAAUUGUAUUGCAGGGAGGAGGGCUGGAGUCCCCCACCAAACCGAAAGGGCGCCCAAAAAAGAACUCCAUACCUUCCGGGGAGCAGCUUUCCGAGCAGGAGAGAGAGAGGACGCGGGAGGCUGAGAGCGCAUCUUCAUCCUCUUCAUCAUCGUCAUCCUCUUCAUCCUGUUCAGGCCAGUCUGAACCUGGGCAAGAGGAAUAAACGCCACUCUCCGGCCAUGUGAAUCCAAUGCGCUUUAAGGAUGCACAGGCGAAAGGCCUCUCAUGGAUUGUUUCUUGUCGAAGUCGACGUUUUGGCACUUAAAAACUGAUCCAGACAAGUCAAGUGGACCGAAAUGAUGUUUCCAUUUUGCUUAAAAAAAAAAAACAUGGACUGCUGCUUAAUCUUGUUUUUCUCUUUAGGAAAAAUCCCGAGCAGGGUUGAGCAGAAAUGGGGCUCUCACCUUUCUUAACACUUUCCAUUGGAGAAGUCGCUUCGCAGGGACAUUUUCACUGCAGUUCUUGUGCUCCGUGGUUUAACUAUGUAUGAAUAAUAUGAUAAAAAAAAAUUAAAUAUUCUUUUUACAGAGACAGAUGAUUAUGAUAAUUAUUUAAUGAAUUACCAACGAAUGUAGUUAGUAAACCUGCAGAAUUACUCUGUGAAUUAUUCUGAUGCGGUUUGGUUUCGAGCAAAUACAAUGAAUAGGCUGCAUUAUGGUAUCGAAUAAACCUAUACUACCACAUGCACACCAUAAA